AUGCGGCGAGCGCGCGGACUCAGGGUUUCGUCCACUCGCGAUAUAUGCGUCUUCUGCGCCACUCGUCAACUGGCCGUCUCAAGCGCACUCCCUUCGCCAUCACAUGCCACCCAACGCCGCGAACUCAACUCUUCCAGUCGAUCCCCGCAGUCGGCGGAAGGAGUUAUAUACCAGGAUGAAAAUGAGCGCCAGAAGCCCAUGUCGCAGGCAGAGAGGAUGCGGCAGGUCUUGGCCGCCAACGCUGCUUUCGCCCCUCCGCAGCCCCAAGGAGGAUACAUGUCGCCCGCCGAGAGGAUGAGAGCGUCUUUGGCGGCUCAGAGACCUCAGCAGACGCAGACGCAGCCUACACGCCUGAAUCCGCUCGACCGACGGCCAAUGAACAGAAGUGGCGUGUCGGACGGACAGAGCCGUCAGCAGAACAGAGACAGAUUUGCACCUGCUGGCCGGCGAGCAGGCGGCAAUGAGCGGAUCGACUAUAGAACACCACAGCAGAAUCGCUACACGGUCAAUAUGGACUCCAGGCCACCAGUCAAUAUGCCCGCAUUCGGCCCUGGCCACUUGAGACGCCGCAACGAGCCACAACACGAACGCGCUUCAUUCGGAUCAGACAAUCGAACAGCACAGCCCGCUCAUAGGGUUCUGCCACAGAGAAAAAUGCUGGAUCAAGACGAGAUCUCUAAGCUGCUGGGCGACGCAUCCACCACCACUCGGCCGUCGAAGCCAUACCAGCCGCUUGCGAGGAACGCAAACGCCCAACAAAAUUGCUGGCACUGUGGCUCCAAGGAGCAUGGAAGCAACCUGUGUCCGAUGAAGCCGGCCUUGCGGGACCGUCAACAGCGAACCGAGCAAGGCACAGCUUCCUCCCGACCGCCGCAGCGCUUCAAGGAAUCAAUCUCGGAUGCAGCAGAGGCUUGGGCACAGAAGUCAAAGGGCAUACUGGACAUUGAACCACCAUCCCCGUCGCAGAUAGAGGAAGAUACCAGGCGACGCAAUGACAUCGAGAGCGAAAGAAGACGGAGCCGCUUUGCGUUUGAUGAGCCCGAGGAAAAGAAUCGCUAUGAAGAGCCUGCACGUCGCCAAGGUGGCAACAAGGGUAGGAAAGGACGCGUGCAGCGGUUCGAUGAAGAAGAUGAUGACGAAGGCCCAUCUAUAAGCAAGGCAGAGCGCAAGCGAUUGCGGGCCGAAGCGAAGAAGGCGGCGCAGGCUGCAAAGAACGAACCCACUCCUAUCUCUUUACCGGAGUACAUUAGCGUUGCCAACCUGGCAGGGGCCUUGAAGUUGCGGGUGGAAGACUUUGUGCAGAAACUAGAAGAGCUGGGUUUUGAAGAUGUACAGAACGACCAUAUCCUCAACGCCGAGCAUGCUGGGCUUGUCGCACAAGAGUAUAAUUUCGAACCAAUCUUUCAGUCGGAGGAAGACGAUGGCGACCUGUAUCCCGCACCACCUUUGGAACCCGAGGCCUAUGUUCAGCUGCCUGCUCGACCGCCGGUCGUCACCAUCAUGGGACAUGUCGAUCACGGCAAGACGACGAUUCUCGACUACAUGCGCUCGACUAGUGUUGCUGCUACAGAGUUUGGCGGCAUCACGCAGCACAUCGGUGCUUUCAGUGUGCCGCUAGCAAACGGGAAGAAGAUUACUUUCCUCGACACUCCUGGCCAUUCUGCGUUCGAGACAAUGCGCGCUCGUGGUGCUCAUGUCACUGAUAUUGUUGUUUUGGUAGUUGCUGCUGACGACUCGGUUAUGCCACAGACUGUCGAGGCUAUCAAGCAUGCACAGGCCGCCAAGGUCCCUAUAAUUGUCGCUAUCAACAAGAUUGACAUACCACAAGCCGACCCGGACACUGUUAAGCUCGAUCUCGGUCGUCAUGGCAUCGAGGUUGAAGACUUUGGUGGUGAUAUCCAGGCGGUCUGUGUGAGUGGAAAGACAGGUCAAGGCAUGCCCGAUCUCGAGGAGGCCAUCUCAACACUCUCUGAGAUGCUGGACCACCGCGCUGAUCCUCAAGCUGCUGUUGAAGGGUGGGUCUUGGAGGGUACAACCAAGAAGUCUGGGCGUGUUGCGACCGUCCUCGUCCGCAGCGGUACUCUGCGUCAAGGCACAUCUCUCGUUGCAGGCACUAGUUGGACACGUGUACGCAGUCUGCGCAACGAAGCAGGCGUUGCAGUCAAUGAGGCCGGGCCCGGAAUGGCUGUCGAAGUCGACGGCUGGCGCGACCAGCCCAUUGCCGGUGAUGAAGUGCUCCAAGCCGAAGACGAACAGCACGCAACUUCGGUUACCGAGUUGCGCAUUAAGAAAGUCGAGAGAGAACAGAUGGCGCGCGACAUGGAAGCUAUUAACGAAUCUCGCCGUCUAGAGGCUGAGCGUCGUGAGGCUGAGGAAGCCGCCGCCAAGGCUACUGAAAACGGCGAAGAGGCUGCCGCGCCUGAGAAGAAGGAGGCUGGUCCAGAGGUUGUGAGUUUCAUCGUCAAAGGCGACGUCUCAGGCUCCGUAGAAGCUGUCAUAGACUCGGUCGCCGGUCUCGGUAACGCGGAAGUUUCUACACGCAUCCUCCGCCACGGAGUCGGUGCGCCCUCUGAAUUCGAUGUAUCGCACGCGGCCGAUGCCCAGGGUCAUAUCGUAAAUUUCAACACCACAAUUCCAGGAAAUGUGGCCAAGCUCGCGGAGGAAAAGGGCGUCAGGAUCCUGGACAGCAACAUUAUCUACCGUGUCGUCGAAAACGUCAAAGAGCUCUUGUCAGAGAAGCUCGCACCAAAGGUCAUUCAUAAAGUUACUGGCGAGGCGGACAUUGCAGCCGUAUUUGAAAUCGGACUAGGUGGUAGGAAAAAGAUGAAGGUUGCGGGCUCCAAGGUGCGCAACGGUAUCGUGGAUAGGGGCACCAAGGCAAAGGUGCUCCGUGGCGAUACGCUUGUUCAUGAAGGUGUGAUCAGCUCAAUCAAAAACCAAAAGAAGGAUGUCGAGCAGAUGCGUAAAGACACCGAGUGCGGCAUUUCCUUUGAUAAUUGGGAAGACUUUAGAGUCGGUGACAAGAUUCAGUGUUAUGAGGAAAAGUUUGAAAAGAGGAGCUUGUAG